AUGUCUCAUUCGCGCGAGGACAGUAGUUCCUACGAGCUGAUCGGUCACCGAAAUAGCUAUGACAAAGGCGAAUGGACAAAUGAACCGCUCCAUGAUGAACCUCUUCCCCGAUCUAAUUCCGAACAACCCACGCAUGAUGGCUCCAGUGAACAAACUGAGUUAGGACGAAGUCCCCGUGUGAGAUUUCAAUCAGAUGGCAAUCACCUCAGUCCGUCUGUGCGCCCACCCAUGCAACGGUUCAAUUCAGACCAGUCUGUUCAGUCAGUUAGAUCGAUCCUACCCACGUCAGCACAGUUAACAGAUAUUUCCGAUGCCUUCCAUAUGAACGUGGAGGAAGCCGACAUAGCCAAUGGGAGUAGAGAGAACCUCAAUCCUCAAGUGCCUUUCUCUGACGAGACACCCGAAAAGUCGGGGCUGGAAUGGGAAACCUCCCAGCAUUCAACGUCGGCCAAAGAUCGGUUGCGCGCUGCUGGCCAGCUGAUCCGUCAAAAAACUACUAGACUUGGAGAGCGGUUAGGUCGCCCAGUGGAUGGCGGGGACCCCCUGGGAGGGUCCUUGUUACCGGGCGAUCUAGAGGGAGGCAUAUCGGAUCGUCAGAUGCGGGAGAAAAAGGAGCAUGUUGUCGAUACGCCCAGCAGUGAUGAAAUCUCGGUUGCUCCUAGUGCAGAGGCGCACCGUCUUGUCCGCGGAAUGACCCAGGUACGACGGCGUAGGCCCAGGUCGGCCUACAUGCGGUCUGGACAGAGCACUCCAGAGACCCUUAGUCGUCCAGAUUCGUGGUAUAACUCCCGACCGCUGUCGAUCAACGGCGGCGGCGGUAUUCUAUCCCAACUGUUGAAAUUGCAGGCCACCCAGACCUCGGGCAAGGACAGUGUUUCCGUCACCGAUUCGUCAGAUAGUGAUUCGCCAAUAUCAUCGGGAGCUGUGACUCCGAAGAAAGAAAAGCUCAAAUGGUACAAGAAGCCACCCCAUCGUUCGACCUCAUCCCUCGUGGAGGCGUCGAUGAAUCUGAGCCGUGUCACUUUGCCCGCAUCGACGGAUGUGAUGUCGGCCGCAACGCCGAAAAGGGCCAAGAAAAAGGCGCGGCACAAGACACGCUUGGAGGAUGAGAUCCGGGUAACAGUACACAUCGCGGAGAUUCUCGCACGACAGCGGUUUAUCAUGCAACUCUGCCGCGCACUUAUGCGGUAUGGCGCGCCUACCCACCGUCUGGAGGAGUACAUGCAAAUGACGGCGCGGGUGUUGGAGGUGGAGGGUCAAUUCUUGUAUCUGCCGGGGUGCAUGAUCAUGUCUUUCGAUGAUCCCACCACGCGCACGGCAGAGGUCAAGCUGGUUCGUAUGGCGCAAGGGGUGGACCUUGGUCGCCUUGCCGAAACGCAUAAUCUCUACAAGAAUGUUGUCCACGACCUAAUGGGGGUCGAAGAAGCCAGCCAGGAGCUAGAUCAUAUCAUGAAGCGGCCGCCGCGAUUCAACAAGUGGUUGCUGAUCCCCGCAUAUGGACUGGCUAGUACAGCUGUCGCUCCCUUCGCAUUUGAUGCACGGCCGAUUGACAUGCCUAUCUGUUUCUUCCUGGGAACUCUGGUUGGGUUUAUGCAGCACGUGCUGGCUCCCAAAUCAGUACUCUAUUCAAAUGUGUUCGAAGUCUCAGCGGCGGUAUUGACCUCCUUCCUGGCCCGAGCUUUUGGGUCCAUCAAGUCCUCGAAACCGGACGAAGCCUACGUAUUUUGCUUCUCGGCAUUGGCACAAUCCUCGAUUGCGCUUAUCUUGCCUGGUUUCAUGGUGCUCUGUAGCAGUUUGGAGUUGCAGUCGCACCAGAUGAUUGCAGGCUCGAUCCGGAUGGUCUACGCCAUUAUUUACUCGCUUUUUCUAGGGUAUGGAAUCACCGUUGGUACAACGGUCUAUGGUUUAAUCGAUGGAGCGGCGACAUCGGAGAGAAGCUGCAAGGGCCUGGACGUGUAUCGUAGCACGUACGUGCAGCACUUUGUGUUCAUUCCUGUGUUUGUGAUUUUCAUUGCCAUCAUCAACCAGGCCAAGUGGAAGCAGAUGCCCGUGAUGAUUGUGAUCGCCAUCUGCGGCUACGUUACCAACUACUUCAGCACCACGCGACUGGGAUCCCAGUCGGAGGUGGCCAACACUGUGGGCGCAUUCACGAUCGGAAUUCUGGGCAACCUGUACAGUCGACUGUGGCAUGGACAUGCGGCGACCGCUAUUCUGCCGGCGAUCUUUGUGCUGGUGCCGUCCGGACUGGCGUCCAGUGGCUCGUUGAUCGCGGGAAUCAACUAUGCCAACCAGGUGCGGGACAAUCUGCAAAAUGGAAAUAGCACCUCAGCGCACGAGACCAGCCAGGAUACGUCGAUUGCCAGUCUCGGAUUCGGCAUGAUCCAGGUGGCGAUCGGGAUCACCGUGGGGCUGUUCAUCGCUGCGCUGGUAGUGUACCCAUUUGGCAAGCGACGCAGUGGAUUGUUCAGUUUCUAA